GUCAAGGAAAGAGGCACAUUGUAAUAACAAACUAAAAACUAUCGGAAUUGUGCAAUAAGUAAAUCGCUUAAGCUUGGUUAUGAACUUAUUCAAGAGUUAAUAGAUAAUUUAAAAUAGUUUAAAAAAUAAUUUAUUUUGCAAAAAAUUACUAAAAUAAUUGUGCCAUUAUGAAGUCGACCCUUCUCCCACUGCAAGUCCUACUUUCCCUUUUCUCCCCCUCGUUAAGACAGAGAUUUGAGGACAGUGCAACCUGGGAUAAAGAAUAUCCGGAAAUAAGAUGGGCCCUGUCAAACCAUGACAGACGCGAGUGUCACCAGCAAUUCAAAGAUCUCAAGGACCCUCAAUUGCACUGGGAUCUGAUUGGUUUAACUAUUGACGAACGCCUUACUCGGUUAGGAUAUCCAGUCGAACGGAUCAACGUGACUACAGAGGAUGGCUACAUUUUGGGAAUUUAUCGAAUCCCAUUUAGCCCGAAAUCUCCUUUGGUGGAGGGUGUGGUCAAAAAAUCAGUCGUACUGGGACAUGGUCUCUUAGCGAAUGGUUUAAGCUACUUGCAGCAGGGUGACUCAAGAAAUUUGGCAAUGAUAUUAGCGGAUUCAGGUUUUGACGUGUAUAUUGUAAAUUUUCGGGGAAAUAGCUAUUCUCAAGGGCAUAUUAACCCAGAUAUGACACUGGAUAAUUGGAAAUAUUGGGAUUUUAGCUUCCACGAGAUGGGAAUAUUCGAUCUUCCCGCCAUUAUUGAAACCGUUACGGACAUCACGAAGCAGGAGUCCAUGUAUUACGUGGGUCACAGCAUGGCUUCCACCGCACUCACGGUCAUGCUAUCCGAGCGACCAGAGUACAAUCGACGCAUCGCGACCGCAUUUCUACUCGCUCCCGCCAUAUUCUUAGGCCACAUGGGAUUAUAUGCUCAACCUUUCGCCAAAUCCGUGAAUUAUUAUCAGUACACCCUCAACAAUCUUUUCGCUGGUCGAAUGGACGGUGACAGAAUAGCAGAGGUCCUGGUCGGGUCAUUUCCACCGAAUCGUUGUUCCACCGAGAAAUUUGCAUGUGGAAUUUGUUCAAACAUGUUCUAUCUCUUUUUCGGAUAUGACGCUCCUCAAACAAAUUACACCACGAUUGGUCAGUUUUUUGAAACCUAUCCCGUCACUGGAUCGACCAAGACGUUGAUUCACUUUUUGCAAAUGGUUAAAACCAAUACAUUUUGUCAAUUUAACUAUGGCUUUAACGCAAUUAACGAGUUACGAUAUGGCCAAAGAAGUCCGCCUUGUUACAACAUGGACAAUAUUUCUGUUCCAUUACUCGUAUUUUGGGGUCCAAAUGAUAGCAACGUGAAACCCCAGGAUAUUGCAAAAACUGUGUCUCAAAUACCAAAGGGCGCUUUAAAGGAGAACAUCAAGGUGAAUUCGACGUACUUCACCCAUAUAGAUUUUGUAUUUGCGAAAGAUGCAGAUAUUUUAAUAUAUAAAAGAAUAGUGGAUGUAAUGUUAAACGCGACAUAUGGAUGAUGAUAAGUUUGAUUAUUUGUUUAAUAAAUGUUACAGCGUGCGUACGAGAAUAUCGUCA